CCGCGCGCCUCGCCUCGCCAACAGCAGCUCAACCCGGAGCGGCUCCGUGACUGAAACACGACAAACUGGGAUUUAUUUCUCUACGAACCGACUCCGGCCGGACACUGGACUACACUGUGCGGGAAGCAGCUCGUGACACAGGGACGUCCGAAGUCCUGAACUCCAGCAGGCGUCACCGGAGUGGACAGAGCAAGAUGGCUGAAGUGAACUACUUAUGGACACACUGUUAACACUGCUUUUGGAACCAGAGACACAAAUUCCAAUUAAAUUGAGCCACGUUUCAGCCACGAUGGAUUCAGACGAUGACCCAUGCCACCACAAGCACACCAUCGACGCCAGCAGGAGCCCGCUCCUCAGCGCCAUCAUGUUUGCCGCGGGCAUCUUUGGCAACGUCGCUGCCCUCGUGAUCCUGGAAAUCCGGCGGCGCAGGGACACGAGGACUGGAUGCACGGGGCGGCGUGGCCUGUUUCAUGUCCUCAUCACAUCGCUGGUGGUCACAGACUUGGCGGGAACCUGCCUGGUCAGCCCGCUCGUGCAGCUGUCGUAUGCACGUAACACUACUCUGGUCGGGAUGGCUCCCACGUCUGGCAGUGUGUGUUCAUACUUUGGUGUCAGCAUGACGUUCUUCAGCCUGGCCACUAUGUCGCUCCUCUUCAUCACAGCGUUAGAGAGAUGCUUUGCCAUUGGCUACCCUUACUUAUACAGCCGGCAUGUCACUAAGAAAUGUGCGUACAUCACAAUCCCGCUGGUGUUUGUGUUAUCUACAUCAUUCUGUCUGCUCCCUUUUGCGGAGUUCGGUAAAUACGUACAAUACUGCCCCGGCACGUGGUGCUUCAUUGACAUGAACCCAGUGGAGACAGUGCACCGAGUCUAUGCCAACCUGUAUGCCACCAUUAUGCUGGUGCUGGUGCUGGCCAUUGUGGCGUGCAAUGGUUUCGUGGUUUACCAGCUGUUCAGGAUGUACCAACGUCGAAAGAGGAACGGCUCCAUGAUGGUGUCCACGAGAUCCCACAGUGACCGCAGGGUGAUGUCUAUAGCCGAGGAGGUGGAGCACCUGAUCCUGCUGGUCGUCAUGACCAUCAUCUUCAUCGUCUGCACUCUGCCCCUGGUGAUCCGAGUGUACAUCAACUCCAUCGGGACUCCCAAGGAGUCUCACCGCCUGGACCUGAUCGCCCUCCGCUUCAUCUCUGUCAACUCCAUCAUCGACCCCUGGGUCUUCAUCCUCCUCUCUCCCAGCGUGGUGCACUUUUUCUGGUCUUCAAUGUGCCAGCCCUCCCUGGGACCCUCCAGGGGUUCUCUGUUUAAAUCAUCGCUGGCUAAAGACAGUCCUCCUGCUAACGUGGAACUGUCUCGACCAACGGAGCAAACACACAUUUCUCACACUGUGGAAAACGUAUGACCACAGCAGUGCUUUGUUGUUAUUUGAUAUUUAUAUUUAUUGGACACGGGAUUGCAAAGUGUGCUCUGCUGUGUGAUCGUAGAUCAGCAGAGGUUGGACGGGCCACAAUAUGUCUCCCAUGUGGAUGGUGUGUGUUUUUAUCUGUUGAUCCAUUACCCAUUAGAUAAUGGCCCUUGGCAUCUAACUGAUAAGCACGUCGGAGCAGCUGGUGGCCACUUACUACCAAUUACUGGGCGAUUCCAUCCACUUCUAGCAUUGUAGCUACAUAUGUGCAUGUCAGAUGCAUACGACUUCUCUGGAGCUUUCUGUUUUUCAUAUGAAGGCUCAACACUUUGCCUCCUUUGCUGCUUAUGUUUUUUUGUAAGCAAAUCAAUUCAAGGAAAAUGGCUGCUGUUUGAAAAGAAAAGGACCCGAUGUGGCAGUGAUCUGGUACAGACACGCUGCAAGUGCUGUUCAGUACAUUGUGUAAAAAGUCCGUGAUGUUUUGUCUUGUGCAAUGAAAUAUGAAACUGAAUAUUUUUUACCUGACAACAGGUGAUUGUAGCAAACAUGAUAUCCAUCUAAAGCUAAGUGAACAGAGACGGAGAUCAUCGGAUCAGCUCGUCUAAUGAUGCUCAGUAGAAAGGAACUUGGUUUGGAUGGAUACAUGUCAGAUUUAAGUGCACAGAUGACUAUAAAAGGAGUAAUUUAUUACAAUUAAAGCAGUGAGAUGCCUUUAAUUCGGCUGGAGAAUCCCUACGUUGAUAGAAGACGUGUUUCUGCAGGUAUAAACGCUCACUUUGGGCACUUCACUGAUCAUCAGUGGCAACUUAAACUCAUCACCUCUGAGCUUCUUGACCCGCGACUUUAACCUCUGGUCUGUUGUGGUAACCUCUUCUCCUGCGACCCGACCAGAUUCCAGUUGAAGAGGUCAAGGAGCAAAAAACCCUGGAGGCAAGAUAGUAAAAACUGCACACGUGGGGUAAGAGAAAUAAACACAGCAAAAGUUAGAUGACAAAAUUUCUUUUAAAUUUACACAUACAGGAGAUAAUAUUUAAUAAAAAGUUCUUCAUGAAAUUUCAUUUAAAUGUUGCCUUGAAAACGUCCUAUUUUAAGUAACAACAGAUCAGUAUUCUCACAUAAAAUCUGGAUAUAAUUUUAAUGCUUGUGAUGUACUAGAUGAAUAAUCAGAAAUCAUUUCAGUAACUAAAAAAAAAAGAAGUCCUUUAUAAAGAGUACUGCCUUUGACCUUCUGAACCCCGAGCAGUUUCUGGACGUCUCCUCUCCCGUCGUAUUUUAACUCAGCAUGGGCUCUUUGACACUUCAAUACAACGCAGAGCCACGACUAGAAGAAGUAAAGAGAACUCAAAAAUAGGUUUCAUCCGGUGUAACACGGGUACAAUGCAAUUAAUCAUAAGAGAAAAACGGUUAGAAUUUUUGUUUUCCUGACAAAAUCAAAAGUCAGACAUGAUUUGCCGAGGACUGUCAGACAGCUGGAUACGCAGCAGUGUCUCCAGGUUCUUGCUCUGAUCAAUGACGGUAUUUUGGCGUCUUUUGAAAUAUAAAAAAAUCGACACUUUAAAAUAACACACUUGUGAUUCUUUAGUCAAAUCCUUUCACAGACUAGAUUGUUUAUAUGUUAACUAGAGGCUACCUGAAUCAGUAUAUCCUUUGGCAGAAAUGAAAACUGAUUCAUUUUGUGAACCGACAGAUGUUUACAUUCAGCGACACUGAAACAGCAUGAAGCUACAGGAAUGUGCACCAUACUGACAAAACCACUCAAACUCUGCAGCACAGCACUACGAGUGGCUAAAAGAUCUCGAUGUGUAACCUCAGGCAUUUGGAAAUGCUCUUCAAAAUAAAAAGGCAAACUUAUUUCAUAAGCUAACAAUUUAUACAGCAUAAAAAUAUAAAUACAUACGUUGACUGUAACUCAUUACGAAGUGGAGUUUUACAAAUCAGUUUUCAUUUUGUGAGAGAACUCUUCUACUCGACAGACGUCUUGCUCUUCACAUUACCUCCGAGUUAUUUGGAAAAACUAUGAAAAGACUGACUCAAGGUUCAAGUGCCAUUUAAACUGCAUUAGUUUAACAAGGGGCCAUCUUUAGACAUCCAUUAAAUCCACGUCUUUCCGUGUUUAUACGAGAUGAACGCUGCUCUAAGCCCAAAUGGAAAAUGUUGUGAUUGCAGCCCCUGAUUAUAUCCUAAAACUUUAAGGUUCAGCUAUCAGUUAAAGUAAAUCCUGUUUGCUUUCAGCUCCUCCAAUAAAACGUUUUGUCUUAAAAAAAUCUCAGUUAGUAAUUCUGCCGCCCACCAACGUAGCGCAUCAUUACAUAACGAUGAUGUCAGCGCAAACCGAGCCGCUCACAUCAGAUGACGACUGAGUUUCCUGGAAAAAAGCAGGUUGUUUUCUCCACUUUGUUCCUGCACACUGGUAAAAAUUUACAUGUGGUGGAUUUGUACCGGUUUAAAUUACACGCUACGGCGAAUUGUUAGUAUUACAGCUUCUCUCCUUAAAAAAAAAAAAAAAGAAUCCAGUUUCACAAGUGUCUGGUGAGAAAUUGAGCUACUAUAAAGUUUUUGCUGGGAUAAAUCUCCAGGAAUAAAUCUGUCACAAGAGACACGCUCUACCUGGAGCGACUAGAGCUGCAUCAAACCAGGGGCCACGUCUAAAUUGAAGAUUUAAAUCCAGGUGUGUACAAAGUGAGAAAAAAGUUCUCAACGUGUCAAAAGUCUGUCAGGUUAUUUCAAAGUGUCAGCGGUGUGUGAGAAAGGAAAAGGCACUGAUGAUGUUGUUUGGCUAUUGUGUUGUUGUUGUGAGAACAGCAGUUUAUUGCCUCUGCUGCUCUAUUGUUGCAUCAAAAUGCUCAGUGUUUACGACAGUGACUUACUGCUUCCUGCCCGUGUCAUGUGUGUGUGCCAGUGUUGUGUUUUACAGCGGGGGUGUGUGUGUGUGUGUACUGCUGUCCAUGUGCAGAAUGUGUAUAUAUAUGUGUGUGUGUGUGACAGACAGCAAACGUAAUGUAAACGAGUAAAAGAAAUGUAAUGAUGUCAAACCAGAAUGCUACCUACCUGGAUGUCUCUGUAAUUGUAAAGUACUGUACAUGGAACUGAAUGCACUGAGCAGAUGAGUGUGAAGUGUGUGUGUGUGCGUGUGUGUGCGCGUGAGUGUGUGUUUUAUGGCUUGUGUAAAUAAACAUCUCAUCCACCAAA